AUGUUGAGCUUAUUUCAAUCAUAGUCUAAUAUUAGUGCUAUGAAGCUAAUAAGAUAGUUUCACCUCGAUUUUAAUCAAUCAACUUUCCGAAAAACUUUAACAAAAAUGUUAAAAAUUGUUAAAAAAUUUAACAAAAAUCCACUGAGAACAAAAUUCGAACCAUAUAUUAUUACAGUAAGGCUCGAAAUCGGUUUUGUACCAAAUAUAAGCUCCUGUCAUGCUCAAAUACCAUGAAUGGGAUACCGUUGGAUUCAGAAUUUCACGGGGGGGAGGGGAGGGGUUAGCGAAUCGUAUUCUCCACUUUUGUUUUUCUUUCUAA